GGAAAACCAACUUGUUGACAUCUGAGCGGUUGUUCUGCUGCUGCUGCAGCUGAUGUUUGCUGAGAGAUUCUGACAUGAAAUAACUUUUAAACGGAUUCAGGCCACCUCCUGACAUCAGUGUCGAUGGAGUCUGAGGGGGCGGAAUCUUCGGCGUCAGGCCCGGCGCCGGUCGAAGUGUUCAGCUCGAUCCGUGAGCGGACCAUCGCGGAGAACAGCAUGGUGAUCCUGCUGCAGGGCCUGCAGGGGGAAGUGACCACCGUGGACCUGAGGAACGAGAGCACGGCUCGGGGACGCGUGGUCAGCGUGGACGCCUUCAUGAAUGUACGUUUGGCGGAUGUCCUGUACCGGGACCGGCGGGGCCAGCUGACCCAGCUGCAGGACCUGUUCGUCACCGGCAGGAACGUCCGCUACGUCCACAUCCCUGACCACAUGGACAUCAUGAAGACCAUACAGAACCAGCUCGCCAAGAUCCACCGUGUCCGCAACUUCGCCAGUGAAGGGGGAGGCAGGAAAGAGUACGCAAAGAAAACUAAAUAAGUUCUUGGUUUAAUAAAAGGACACAGACUCACCUGGAUGAGGCCAGUGGAGGAUUCAGACGAACCCCAAAAUACUUGGAGGCAAUAAGUCUUUUGAGUUUUGUUUCCCUCAGAUUUGAAGACAGCCUGAGACAUGUCCUCUGGGGAUGUUUUCAGUGAACACUUUGAACUAUUAAAGGUUCUGAAAAUCCUUCGAAGGAAAGAUCUGAGUUUUUGUUUGAACUUGUCACAACCUGACGAGGAAUCACACGGUGGCACUGAUUCCAUUUAAGCGGUCACAGACUGAAGAAGUUGGAAAUAUGAGCUGAACUGAUUCUAUAAAUUGAGGCGGAUACCAGCAACGAUAUUUAAGUUCAGAAAAAUGUGCUGACUGAUACUAUUUUUUGUAUUUUAGUUUUUCUGCAUGAACACAUGAACUGAGAUAGAAGCAAAAACUUCCAUUUAAAAGCUGGAACAAGAGCGUAUUUGGUAUUUUUUCUUGUAACAUGACUAAUUAGUUAUCCAGGUACCUGCAGAUUAAUGAGCUGGUUAAUUUUUUCACCUCAAGACAAACAUUUGUGACGAUCCUUUAAACGAACAAGUUGUGACCGAGUUAUUUACUGAGCAGGAUGACUCACAGCUGAGGAAUAAACUUCUGUGUUUUCUCUUGGACAAACUGAACCAAACCUCAAA